AUGGAUAGCGAUGGAAAAAAACUUUGCAACAAGCUCCAAGAGCUAAACGAAGAGAUUUCAGCGGCAGUUCUUGUGCAACAAGAUGCUGUAGGGAAUGCGUCGACUUUCCUUGGUCGCGAAGUUGCACGAAAGGAUGCGAUUCGGCUUGCGAAGAAGACAACAGAAUGGCGCGACGAUGUGUCAGCGCUUUCCAAACACAUUGAUCUGCAAUUAAAAAAUUGUCGCGCAUUGCGUACUGAGUAUGCGCAAUCAUUGUUGAGCCCGUCGGACCGUAAACGACAGGAAGAAACAGAAAAUUCACGUCUGCGAUGUUUACGAUCAGAUCUGCGGCUUCUUCAAGAAUUUCGGAUGCACUAUUCGCGGCAGCGUUAUGAGAAGGAUACUACACCACUAGUUACAAUAGAGAAAGAGAUGGAACAACUCAAAACAUUUCUUGACAUCAAUGUCAAGAAAGAGAAGAUUGGGGGCAACCAGGAGCAGUCUGCACUUGCGUUAGAAAUCUACGAGAUGCGGCGAGAUAUCAUGAGUCGAAUUUCGGAAGAUUUUGUCAAGGAGAAAAAGCGAUUGGACGUUGAAGCUGGCAACCUAAAUGCAUUGUUAAGUGACGGCUUUGGGAACAUUGGAAUGAAUGAGAAAGAUUCCCUAGCUUCUUGGGAUGCACAGCUUUAUAUAUCCUUUUCACUUGUACCUUUCAUGGAUGCUUUGCAGAAUUUACAGCAGGAAAAGCGAGCCAGACUUGUAGCAAAUAGCCAAAAUUCGUUGAUUCGCUUCGAAGAAGCCAAUGGUACUGAUACUACCGCGUUAGAGUUACAAGCACCGUUAGCAACAAAGGUCCAAGGCUUGAAGUUUGACUCACUACUAGAUGACGCGCGUAUCGCUAUGCAAAAGCUCGAGCGAGAAAUGAUCUUUCGCAUUCACAAGAUGGAGGACGUGAGUCUUAUUACCACGAAGGCUUUUGAAGAGGUCAAACUUAGUGUAGAGCUCAUGACAAAUAUGUACAAGCAACUAAGCAGUGCCAUGACAUUACACCAAAAAAGUGAAGACCAUUUAAAGCAGGAACGCGAUCAAGUAUCGCUUUUAUUGGCUGAAGAAAUCAAGAAAGUGACCAUUUUCGCAAAGGAAAUCGAGCACAAGGAUCGACUAAUUACACUAGCUAUGGCUGCACGAUAUGAAAGUAUUCAAUGUGCAAACCGUCACGAGAAGCUGGCGAAGGAAGCAAGCGACAAGCAAAAAAAUUGGAAAUCACAUGCUCUCAAAGCUGAAGCAGAGGCUGAAAAAUAUAAACUUCAGUUAAAAGAGGCAUUCCAGCGUCUUGACGUUACACAAGAGGAGCUUAGUGAUGCGAAGAAGUCAAUUACUCAGCUACAAGAUGAAGCUGAAGCCACGAGGCAGGCUGCAGCAAUUAAAGAAGCUGAGUUGCUUGCAGACUCCGACAAAAUACAAGCUGUUUUGCAACAAAACUUGGAUAAGACGAAACGCGAGCUUAUGGAGUCAGUAGCGAAGAUGCUCAAUUUGGAUAGCAGACUUCGUAAAGCCCAAGAAAGGCUUAUGAAAAAGGCCGCUGAUAGUAACAAGUAA